CUCCUCACAGGUGUGUCCCUGGGCCUUGAGGCUGCCUGCCCCACUCCCUGUGGAGACGCCCGCCAGAAAGGUCACGCACCCUGAGCCCCAGCAAGCCCCAAACAGACCAGCCAAGUGACCUGCUAUGGACGCCACAGACGCCUCCAGGAGCAAUGGGUCAAGCCCAGAGGCCAGGGAUGCCCGUAGCCCCUCGGGCCCCAAUGGCACCCUGGAGAAUGGCACCAAGGUCGACGGCAAGGACACCAAGACCAACGGGCACAGCGGGGAGGCCACCGAGGGCAAGAACCUGGGCGGCGCCCUGAAAUCAGGGGAGGGAAAGAGCGCCCUGUUCUCGGGCAAUGAGUGGCGGCGGCCCAUCAUCCAGUUUGUUGAGUCUGUGGAUGACAAGAGCUCCAACUACUUCAGCAUGGACUCUGCAGAAGGCAAGAGGUCCCCGUAUGCAGGCCUCCACCUGGGGGCCUCCAAGAAGCCGCCCGUCACCUUUGCUGAGAAGGGAGAGCUGCGCAAGUCUAUCUUCUCGGAGCCCCGGAAGCCCACGGUGACCAUUGUGGAGCCUGGGGAGGGCCGGCGAAAUAGCUACCCCCGGGGAGACGCGGGCCUCUUCUCGAGGUCCAAGCCAGGCUCCGAGGAGGUGCUGUGCGACUCCUGCAUCGGCAACAAGCAGAAGGCGGUCAAGUCCUGCCUGGUGUGCCAGGCCUCCUUCUGCGAGCUGCACCUCAAACCCCACCUGGAGGGCGCUGCCUUCCGUGACCACCAGCUGCUGGAGCCCAUCCGGGACUUCGAGGCCCGCAAGUGCCCCCUGCACGGCAAGACCAUGGAGCUCUUCUGCCAGACCGACCAGACCUGCAUCUGUUACCUCUGCAUGUUCCAGGAGCACAAGAACCACAGCACCGUGACGGUGGAGGAGGCCAAGGCUGAGAAGGAGACGGAGCUGUCACUGCAGAAAGAGCAACUACAGCUCAAGAUCAUUGAGAUUGAAGAUGAGGCUGAGAAGUGGCAGAAGGAGAAGGAUCGCAUCAAAAGCUUCACCACCAAUGAGAAGGCCAUCCUGGAGCAGAACUUCCGGGACCUAAUGAGGGACCUGGAGAAGCAAAAGGAGGAAGUGAGGGCUGCGCUGGAGCAGCGGGAGCAGGAUGCUGUGAACCAAGUGAAGGUGAUCGUGGAUGCUCUGGACGAGAGAGCCAAGCUGUUGCACGAGGACAAGCAGACCCGGGAGCAGCUGCACAGCAUCAGUGACUCAGUGCUCUUUCUGCAGGAAUUUGGUGCACUGAUGAGCAGUUACUCUCUGCCCCCGCCUCUGCCCACCUAUCAUGUCCUGCUGGAGGGGGAGGGCCUGGGACAGUCGCUGGGCAACUUCAAGGAUGACCUGCUCAAUGUGUGCAUGCGCCAUGUUGAAAAGAUGUGCAAGGCCGACCUGAGCCGUAACUUCAUCGAGAGGAACCACAUGGAGAAUGGUGGUGACCAUCGCUAUGUGAACAACUACACAAACAGCUACGGGAGUGAGUGGGGUACGCCGGACACCAUGAAGAGAUACUCCAUGUACCUGACACCCAAGGGCGGAGCCCGGACAUCCUACCAGCCCUCAUCUCCUGGCCGCUUCUCCAAGGAGACCACCCAGAAAAAUUUCAACAAUCUCUAUGGCACCAAAGGUAACUACACCUCCCGGGUCUGGGAAUAUUCCUCCACCAUCCAGAACUCUGACAACGACCUACCUGCUGUCCAGGGCAGCUCCUCCUUCUCCCUGAAAGGCUAUCCCUCCCUCAUGCGGAGCCAGACCCCCAAGGCCCAACCCCAGACUUGGAAAUCGGGCAAGCAGACUUUGCUGUCUCACUACCGGCCGUUCUACGUCAACAAAGGCAACGGGAUCGGCUCCAAUGAGGCCCCAUGAGCCCUGGGCAGGCAGAACAAGGCGCCACAGCCCCACCCUCCCUACUGAUCCUGCUGCUCAUGCCUUCUAAGCUACCGUGCUCAUCUGGGUGGGAGGGAGCCUGCCCCUGCGCUGCUCACCCAGCCCCCCCACCAGUCUCUCAGGGCCCUGGCCU